AUGACAGCGUCGGUGUUGCUGCUGAAGGCAGUGGACAACAAGUACCAAAGUGCGCUGGAGCAGAGCCCCGACUCCGGCUCAACUCGACGCUCGUUGGAGGCGCACUUCGCAGACGUGCUGACCUUCGAGUACCUGCACUCGGCGGAACUGCUGGACGUGCUGACGCACCUGGAGCGAUACAGCGGCAUCCUGGUCACGAGUCCGCGCAGUGCAAUUGCAGUGGACGCUGUGGUCAAUGCACUGGACGCGGAGCUGAAGCAGCAGGUGCUGGCCAAGCUACGAGCCACUCCCGUGUUCUCUGUGGGCGCCGCCACGUCUCGAGAGCUGCUGCCCCUUGGAGUGGUCUGCCGAGGCGACGACGCCGGCUCGGCGGAGGUGCUGUCCGAGUAUCUGCACCAGGGCGGCGUCCUGCCUGCGGACUGCAAGGAGAAACCGAUGAUGUUUCUGUGUGGCGACAAGCGUCGCGACACUCUCCCCGACAGCUUCCGGUCGCGCCGUCUGCCGCUGGAAGAGCUCGUCGUGUACCAGACGUGCGCCGUCGAGAGCUUCGAGUUCCCUGCCGAGUGUAAAGUGCCCGACUGGAUCGUGUUCUUCAGCCCCAGCGGACUCAAGGUCGUGAAGGAUCUGUCUCUGCCUUGGGAGUCGAUCCGGAAGGCAGCUAUCGGAAAAACAACCGCAUGUGCUCUCCACGAGCACGCUGUGGCUACAAGCCAAUCCUUCUGGGAAGCCGACGUCGUGGCUCCCAAGCCGAAGCCGGACUCCCUCGCCGGCGCCAUCUUCGCCUUCGAAGACGAGCACAAGCUGUGA